UCAAGAUGGCAGCGAACGCAACUGCGGAUGAGCACGCUGCUUCUGAGGUUUUGAGAGGACUCGCCAGACAUUUAAAUUGUCUAAACGAGGACAACAAGGCGACGAGGAAGAGGGCACUUGAGAUGAUAAAGAAAGAAACGGUCGAUAAAGAACUUUCCAGCAGCGUCUUACAGGAAGUAUUUUCUGCCCUUCUCAAGCCUCUCCUCAAAUGCCUGUCAGAUCGAAUGGAAAGAUGCAGAGAGACCACGAUUGCGAUUAUAACAGAGUUUAUUCGAUGUGUCCCCACGCCGGAGGAGUCGCUGCCUUAUCUAAUGCCGUGUCUAGCUCAGCGUUUUGGGGAGAAAGAGAUCCUGGAGUCAGCGGAGGAACUUCGGCUGUCGGCCGUAGAGAUGCUGACUCUGACAGUGGAGCUGUGCGGGAAGCGUUUAGCUCCCUAUCUCAACGAGAUGGUCAACAUACUACAGAGAACUAUCGUCGACCCUUUUCCGGAUGUUAAAAGAGAAAGUUGCAAAUGCACCGUGAACUUUGCGAAGUCCGUGCCAGAACACUUUCACAUGCAAGCCGAGAGCCUUGUCAAACCUCUGAUGCUGACAAUAGCUCAUCAGCACUCCAGGGUGCGAGUGUCGGUCAUCGAAGCCACCGGAGCAGUCAUUCAGCAUGGCAGUGGAAAAAAUGUGGAUGAUGUACUCUCACACCUGGCACAAAGACUUUUUGAUGACUCGCCACAGGUGAGAAAAGCCAUAACUACAGUUGUUGGUGACUGGCUGUUGCACAUGAGAGACCGAUACUCAUAUUUCCACAAACUUAUUCCACUCCUGCUGAGUAACGUCACUGAUGAGAUCCCAGAAAUAAGACUUCUAGCAACUGAUUUAUGGAAGCAGGUAGGAAAGCAGUGGGAGAUGGAGAAUGAAGAUGACAUCAAGGACAAGAUGGACUUUCUUCUCACCCCACCUCAGCACUACCCUCCAGGAGUUGAGCGUCCAGGGCUGGGCUGCAGAGAGUUAGUAGAGAGAAACCUGGGGAGGCUGAUACCAGCUAUCACCCACGAUGUAACGGACUGGCUGGUGCAGACGCGGGUCAGGACCUCCCAGCUUCUCCCUGUACUGCUGCUACAUGCCGAAGACCACAGCACGCAGCACCUGCAGCCUCUGCUCGCCACCCUCUACCGGGGCUGUACCGACACAGAGAAGGACGUAGUCAAUAAUUGUCUGGCAGCUGCUAAACUGAUAGGGACGUUUGUACCACCACCUGUCUUCCUCAAGCUCCAGCUGGAACAUGUGUCGAGUCCGUACUCUUCCUCUCAGCCCUGGGUGCCCUUAAUGGUUCUGGCCGCGGCGCUGGGAGGCUGCUCCAAACCGCUACUAAAACCACAUCUUUGGCAAAUUGCCAAUACUCUCGUCCAGCCAAGUGUCUUCCAGGAAUAUCAGCAGGUUUUGUACUUGGAGCAGUUGUUGGCGUGCGUGGAUGUCCUGCUGCAUCAGUGUGAGUCAGACUGUGGUGCAAUCAGUCUGCAGCUGCUGCAGGUGCUGGUCACCAUCCAGAGCCUCUCCGCUGAGCCCGAGCUCAGCGCAAAGGCUUUGGAGAGUGUACACUUUUUGACUAAGGUACAGGGCUUGGAUUCGGUGAUGGCGCUCUACAGACAACAUAUGAGACAGCUGCUGGACUGGCUGUCCGCCUCUGUUAACUCCUGGUCUAGUUACUCCCCACAGAGACUGCAACUCCAUAUUAUAGCUACGCAAUCAGGUCCAGUUAUCGGGGAAUUUUUAAACAAGCUGAUGCCUCUUCUUCAUACUUGCCUCCAGCCAGACCGGGACACAGAAAUGAGGAUGAGCAUUUUCACAAUGCUGGCCAAGUUGCUUCUGGAUUCAAAGAGCACGCUGGACUCCCAGGGGCAUUUCCAAGACGAGUCUGAGAAGUUUCUAUGCAACAUCCUGCUUCCUAACCUGGUGUGGCACGCAGGCCGCACAGCUGCCGCCGUCCGCACCGCCGCCCUCAGCUGUCUGUUAGCUCUGCUGCACGGGGGGGCCAUUGCACCUGGACAGCUGCUGUGUCUGGAGGAAAAGCUGAGUGCCCAGGUGUUGUCUGCACUCGAGGAAGACUCUCGGAUGAGUAGGCUGAUGGCUUGUCGCUCUAUUUCUGCCAUUCUCAAGCUCAUAGGAGCCAGUUUGCACCACGAGGCUCUCAACAAGAUUUACCCUGAGCUGCUGAAGCGUCUGGAUGACAGCAGCACGGAGGUGCGUGGUGUUGCGCUGCAAGCCCUGGGCCUCUGGUUCUCCAGCCUGACCAAAGACUACAACCCUGAGCUUUGCUCUGCUCAUCUGCAGCUCCUCUUCCAGCAGCUCCUCCUGCACCUGGACGACCCUGACAGCUCGGUGCAGGGCCUAGUGCUCGAAAUCCUGAAGAAAGCCAGCUCUGUCCAUCCAGCACUUCUCAAGACGGAGACUGAGGCGGUCAAAGACCAACAUCGGCGUCCUGAUUACUGCGAUCGGCUGCUCCAGCACAUCAGCUCCCUGGAGUUAAAACAAACUUAAAACUCACUCAAACCAUUUGUGCCUUUAGUGAAGGGAUAUUGAUUCUUUAUCCAUCAAAGAUAUUUUUUUCAUUAGUAAAUACAUGUGAAUUAUAUGAGAAAAUUGAAGUUUCUGCCUAAACUUUUAAAGUUGUCCUUUAAUGAACAGUUUUCAAGACCAGUUUUUUGCAUUCACUGCUGUUAUUUAAUUCCUGCUGUUCCGAUGUUUAGUUGUAGUGAAAUAUUUUUGUACUUUUACUGAUGGGACUGUUGUUCUACUUUCAUAUUUCUGUUGUGCCUUCA